ACGCGUGACCCGGUGCUAUUUUUACCUACACCGAAAGGAAAAGUGGAUACUUUUAUUAAGUCACUUUCCCAACCCUGGUUAUUCCACUACAGUAAAUAUAUUGUUGGAAUUAUUUUUCUGUCGCACCAAAUCUUGCGAUACUCGCAUUGCAGUGUGACUGGACAAUAAUAUCGAUUUGGUGGUUGUCUCAGAAAAUCAUGACGUUGUCACCACCAACGCUGGCGCAACAGAAACGUAUAGACGAGGAACUUCCUCCUGACCCGGAAAUGAGAAAACAGGAUAUCAGAGCGCUUCGAGAAUGGCUUUCGAAACAACCGCAUUUACCGAAACACAUAGACGAUGGUAAACUGGAGACAUUUAUUUUCAAUUGCAAGAACAAUAUUGAAAGAUGUAAAUUAAUCCUGGAAAGGUACUACACCGUUCGAACAACCAUGCCGGAAUUUUUCGCCGCUCGCGACCCGCUGUCUCAAGACAUUCAAAAUUGCUUCAAUAUGUCAGACUACUUUAUAUUGCCGUUAUUGACCGAAGAAGGACGCCGUGUCACCAUUUUACGAUUACGUGACACCAACAUAGAGAAGUUCUCGUUUCAAGCGAUGGCCAGGCGUAUCUUAAUGGUACUUGAUAUUUAUUUGAUGGAAGAAGUCUGCUUGUCAAAUAUUAUAGUCAUUGAUCUCGAGGGGUACAGCAUGGCGCACUUUGCAAAAUGUGUUCCGACGCAAUCUAUCGUAAGACGGGCAAUGUUGGCGGUGCUAGAUAGUAUGCCGCUCCGAUUGUCUAACAUUUAUUUUCUUAACGCACCGUCGUUCAUGGUUAAUGUAAUUAAUAUAUUUUAUCCGCUUUUGAAAAAGAAAUUGAUCAACAAGUUUCGUUUUUUUAAUGGCGGCGGAGAGGAGUUACAUGCUUACAUGAACAAGGAUAUACUUCCUAACGAAUGGGGUGGUAAAGCGGGCACUUUUCAAGAAUUAAGAGCUGCGUGGCAAGAAAAAAUUGAAAAGAAUAGAGACUGGUUUCUAUCAGAUGAAAAGUUGAGUCGUACAAAUGAGAAGGCUCGUUUACCGGAAUCAAAAGUAUCCUGUCUUGAGAUAGAACUCGAAGGAACUCAAGGUUCGUUUCGAAAAUUAAAUAUAGACUAAUGAUGGUUUCUAUUACAAAUAUUGUGUAUACAUAGUUUCACGCAAAUGUGAUUUUUUAUUGAUGUUAAAAUUGUAAAUUACGAUCAACAUAUAAUUCAGUCAAUGAAACAAAAUAUAAAAUUGAAUAUACAAUAAUUAUAGGGUAAUGGGUUUAUUUUUAAGGUAAUGGCUUAAUAUUUUGGAAAAUAAAAUUCAUAUAUAUUGUAUGUAGAGCUAAUU